UUAUAAUUAGUAUUUGGCUCUUUGUUUCCUCUUAAUUAGUGAUUAUUCUUUUAUCACCACCUUUACUACUCUACAAGAAGCCAAAUUGGACCAAAAAAAUAAUAAUACAAACAAACAGUACUCUAUUAGCAGUAUUAUAAUCCCCUUGAAAUAGAAAUGCCAGUUACAACUUCUUUAAAUCCUCUAUUAUGAACAAAGAAAAUUUUUGUUAGUUCUCAUAUCUGAGAUUGAAAAGAAAUCACUUGUUUCCAUCAAAGAAAAAAAUUGGUAGUUUUUAUCUCAAGCCGAAGAUCUUCAUAGAGAGGUAGAAAGUGUCAGUUCUCAUCGUGAGACGGUAAGGAAUUCCCUAUUUUCGUCAAAAGAAAAAGAUUGGUAGUUUUUUAUCUCGAUGCGAAGAUCUUCCUAGAGAGGUAGAAAGUGUCAAUUCUCAUCGUGAGACGGUAAAGAAUUCCCUAUUUUCGUCAAAAGAAAAAGAUUGGUAGUUUUUAUCUCGAGGCGAAGACCUUCAUAGAAGGUAGAAAGUGUCAAUUCUCAUCGUGAGACGGUAAAGAAUUCCCCAUUUUCAUCAAAAGAAAAAGAUUGGUAGUUUUUAUCUCGAAGCGAAGAUCUUCAUAGAGAGGUAGAAAGCAUUAGUUCUCAUCGUCAGACGGUAAGGAAUUCCCUAGUUCUAUCAAAGAAAAAAACAAUAUUUUUUUUUAUCUCGGGGCAAAGACCUACAUAGAGAUAAAAAGUGUCGGUUUUCAUAGAGAGACGGUAAGGAAUUCCCUAUUUCCGUCAAAGAAGAAAAUUGAUGUUUUUUAUCUCGGGGCGAAGAUAGUCAUAGAGAGGUAAAAAGUGUCAGUUUUAAUAGUGACACGGUAAGAAAUUCCCUAUUUUCAUCAAAGAAGAAAAUUGAUGUUUUUUAUCUCGAGGUGAAGAUUGUGAUAGAGGGGUCGAAAGUGUCAGUUCUCACAGUGAGACGUAAGAAAUUCCCUAUUUUCGUCAAAGAAGAAAAUUGAUGUUUUUUAUCUCGAGGUGAAGAUUGUUAUAGAGGGGUAGAAAGCAUCAGUUCUCACAGUGUGACGGUAAGAAAUUUCCUUGAUUUCAUCAAAGAAAAAGUUGCAUGGUACUUUUGAUCUUGGGUGAAGAUCCUCUUGAAACAAGUACGUCAUUGACUGAUAGUUUAUUUUUCGACUCGGUUUACGAGAAAAUGAGGAAAGAGAGAGGAUUUAGACUUGGAAGAAAACUUGUGACAGUUUUCAAGUUGUUCAUUCAUAGGAGAAAAAAGGGAAAAAUUAGCUACAAAUGUUUGGGAUCCACCAAUUGUGCAACAAAAGCAAUUUCAAAGGUAUGUAAUUUGGGAAAUUUGUUAAAGAAUGGGGUUAAAAGUGUCAAUUUUGCGAAACCCUGUUCGGGUUAUAUUCGGGUCGGGUCGAAAUUGAUGGAUCAGAACCAAAUACCAAAGGGUCAUUUGGCCGUGUAUGUUGGUGAAAAGCAAGAAGAUGCAUGUAGGGUUUUAGUGCCUGUGGUUUACUUCAAUCAUCCUUUGUUUGUUGAUUUGUUGAGAGAGGCUGAAAUGGUUUAUGGAUUCGAUUACUCUGGUGGGAUCCGAAUCCCUUGUCGGUUAUCUGAAUUCAACAAAGUGCAAUCAAGAAUCGUAGCCAUGGGUGGUGGUGGGAGGCGGGGCUGGAGGCAUAAGUACUGAUGAGUUGUAAUCAGGAGCAUAUCUGUACCAUUUAAAAGUAUAUCUUUUUAAAUUUAUAUUUGUAGCAGAAAGUAAGGAACAAGAAUCGCCACCACCCUUGUCAUGUAUGACGGAGCUAGAGGCGUAAGUACUGGUAAGUUGUGAUAUGGGGCAAUGAUCGGAAAGUACAUAAAAGUAAAAACCAAGAAUCGCUGCCUCGGGUGGCAAUGGGAGUUAUCGCGUAAGGCAAAACUGGAGGCAUAAGCAUUGGUAAGCUGUGAUCACGCGUGAAUUUAAGAUUCGAAAGUACAUAUUUGAACUUAUGUGCGUAUAAAAAGUAAUGAACAAGAAUCGCCGCCACUAGUAUUAUUUUCUUUUAUUGAAUGGUAUUUUCAUAAAUGUAUUACAAGUAGAAAUAAAAUAUCUUAGGAUAAAUAUUAUUCUACUAGCAUUGAUUCCCUAUGAAU